CCCAGUUUUUGGUCUCUCUGUCAGCUGAUUGGUGACGCAGUCACAACAUUUUCAUCUAGCUCCCACUCUCAUCGAGAAAACUAUCAAGCCGGCCAAAUUUGAUUCCGAAAAGCCAACAAGAUCAUGUCCAGGCACCGGGCCAAUCGGCGCGGCCAACAGAAGCUGCAUAUACCCAUCGAGGAGGAUUUUCUGACCAUCGAGGAGGCUCCGAGGGUUCGGGAGGAGAUCAGGGUCGAGGACGAACAGCUGGUCGAGAUGCUGGUCGAGUCGAGUCGACCUUCGCCCACGGACCAUCUGGACCUGCUUGAGUUUCUGGACACGCUCGAGGUGCCGCAGGAGCUGGCCAUUUCGGAGUGCGGCGGCGAGGUGCCCGACAGCCCAACGCGCGAAGUUGAAGAGGAGAAGUGUCCCACACCGCCUCCGGAGAUCCAAACAGUCCCCAGUAGCACCAAUUCCAAGCAGAAUCAGGAGGCCGUGGACAACCGCAGAAGGAUCUUCCGGCAGCUGGGCAGGAAUGUGCCGGAGACGCCCUCGCAGCACCCUAUCCAGGGCUAUCCGUUUGUGAUGAAGCUCUUUCUGGCCGCCGGCAGUCCAGCGUUUCCUUUCCUGAAGUGGUCCGAAAGCGGCCUGGAACUGGAGGUGGACUACGUGGGCCUGCAGGAGCACCUGGCCAGCGGGAGCUCGAUGUUCCGUUCCCGCAGUGCCGUGGAGUUCACGGCUCAGCUAUUGGAUCUGGGCUUCGAGAGGCUCUGGUCGCGAACCUCCGAAGAUCCCCAAGGAGGCUGCAUCCAGCUGUUCUUCCAGCAUCCCAAGUUCGCGAAGGGCCAACUGGAGGAGCUGAAGGCGUUGGUGGAGGAGAUCGGCCAGAACCAAAUCGAGGAAAGCCUUGAUAUGCAGCGAGAUCGACAGCGGGCGCGGCCGCGGGUCCAGGAUCUGAAGGAGGACGAGGACAAGGAGGAGCUGCAGCUGCCACCGCUCUACCAGGCACCCAUGGCACACAUGGACCGGAUGAGCAAGCGGGGCGACCUCUGCACCUCGUUCCACACCUUCCGCGCACCCCUGCAGAUCGUCCGCUCCCGCUUCCAGACCCUGCUCGCCUACCAGGUGGACGUCCAGGUGUUAAAGGAUCGCAAAGACUCCCCCGCUACCCCACAGUCCACCGGAAAAAAGUCUCGCAACACUUCCAACAAUCAGCCCACGGAAAAGACUCCAGCCCCUAAGGAUUCCAGCUCGAAGUUCGUGAAGCCACAGGACUCUGUCAUCACCAUAGGUAUCGGCCAAGCCCCGGACUAUGCCGGGUUUUAUGGGAACGUGGAACUGGGCAAGGUGAACGAGUUCUUCUCAGAGUACCUGCCCCGUUACGGCAGCAAGAUAACCGGAUACAAGGACAUCGUCAUGGAGGCCACCAACAAGUCGAACGGCUUCCAGCAGAACCUUCCCAUUGGCCUGGACUACUCGGACGACGACGACGAUGCCCUGCCACCCAUAUCCUCGUGCAGCAUGGAGGUGGACGUCGACGUCCAGCCCUCCACUUCGGCGGCGGCCAGGUCGAAGUCCUCGAGCCGCAAGCCCGUGGACGACAUGGACCUGGAGCAGGCGAUGCAGGAGCUGUGCGAUGGGCCCAACGCGAACCAACCCGAGAAGACCUCGGGGAGCAGUAGCAAAGCCAAGCCCAAGCCCAGGGGCAAGCCCAAGUCGAAAAAGCGCCUUGCGAAGCUGCUGCAGUCCAGUUCCAGCGAAAACGACGACGUCAAGGAGUUCUCGCCGGAGCCGGUCAAGGAAGCACACGAAGUGGUCCCCUCCAGGACUAUAAAAAAGGAGAAAAUAGAGCUCGUGGACGAGGAGGAUCCGGAGAAUUCGUUCAUUGUGGAGAUCGAGGUGCAGGACGAUGCGCAGAUGACGCUGGAGAGCGAGGAGACUCCGGAGCAGCAGAUGAAGGAGCUCCAUGGGGUCGGCGCGGACAAUGAGUCCGAGGUCGAGGAAGCAGAGGAGGAGGGCGAAGAUGAGGAGGAGGCGGAGGCGGAGGCGGAGGAUGACGAAGAAGAAGAAGUGGAGGAGGAGGAGGAGGAGGAGGAAGAGGUCGAGGAGGACGACGACGAUGAUUACAACGACAAAAAUGUGCAGUACCGGACCGAUCCGCAGCCGGCGAAGCGGAGGCGCUACGACCUCCGCAACUCGAAGAGGAGCUCCCUCUGAACGCGACUGGAGAAUGGAUCUCCAGUCCAGUUCCAACAAAAUGUGGUGUCCCUAGUUAGGAAGAAACUUAAACAAAUUCUAGACAAAUUCAAACGGACAAUGGCAAUGCUGGGGGCGAAGACUCUGCCCUCAACCAAAUAAAUGUUACUACUUUGAAUCACUCUUUUCUAUUCAAAACUAUGAGUAUACUCUGACUUGGCCAUUGCCCUCCAAUCGAAUCUUAUUUAUUUCCUACCAAAACCCAUUCUUUUGACCAUCUCCACUCGGCGUAUCUGUAGGCCCUCCAUUAUAAUAACUUUUGUGGGCUUCCUCGGCCGGGACAUAUGGGCAAUUAAAUCGCUUAUCGCCCUUUGAUCUCUCACGCCCUCGGUGCCCCAUUACCGGGCCAAUCAAAAGUGUAAUAUCAUCUGGAAAUAUCAUACCGCUUCGAGCCAGAGCCAGCACCCACACAGGCCCAUCAGGGGCACAAUCAGCCGAAUGUUUACAAGUUUUAUGAGCCACCAAAUAACAAGACGGACAACAGGCAACUGGCAACUGAAAACGAAACCAAAACCAAAAACCAAAGCCAAAAACGAAACUUGAACGAUUUUCGAGGCGGGCCAAUCGAGAGUUCAUGUCGAAGGGAUUUCAGAGUCCGGAUUUCGGCGGGGAGAUUGGAUUCGCGAGAGGCGCAAAAAAUAAGCAUCUUUUAUAUAUAACUCAGCGUGAGCCCAGACACGAUUUUAUCGUCUUUAAUUUGCUUUUUAUUUGAUAUCAUAUUUCAAGAGCCGGGCCGAGGCCAAUCGGAGAACCUUGCGAAGACCCCAGACCCGGGCCAGGUCGGUCGGCGAAUCCCUUAACCGAAACCGAGUCCCUGAGACGCUUUUUUGGGAGAAAGAACUUUGAGUCAAGACGUCAUAAUGUCAUAAAAAUGUCACAUACUUUUAAUAACUUUAUGACAGCUACAAAAUCAUAAACAAAACGCUCUGACAGCAACAACACGCUGGGCUACACUCGGAGGAGUCGGAGGCUGAGUGGAAUCUGCGGCUGGGAGAGAUCUUUUGGGAGUCAUCAUAAUGAGAUGUGUCAUGUUUUGCCUUCCGAGAAAUGUUUCUUGUCCUCCGAUUCUCGGUGGCUUUUUGGCUCAAAGGGAAAGCGGCCUUAUGGGCACGCUGCCUGCCUGUCUGCCCCCCAAAGAGGAGUCUUAAUUGUGAACAUGACAGCCUGAUUAUUAAAUUUGAUGUUUAAAUGAUGAACUGGAAAA